GGCGCUUAAAAUAGACAGCUACAUAUAUGCGCCAUCAGCAGGGGAAGGACCCCUAAAUUCACAACGCGCCGGAAGUUUAAGCUGUAUUAUAAUGGCCUCUUUAAGGGUGCCCGUCAUUGAUGUCCAGGAUGACAAUUUCAAGGAGCUUUGGCCAUCCAUGCUUUUGGCUAUCAAGACUUCUAGCUUUAUUGCUGUUGACACAGAACUUAGUGGGCUUGGAACAAGGAAGAAUUUGCUGAAUCAGUGCAUUGAAGAACGAUAUAAAGCGGUUUGCAAUGCUGCUAAAACACGCUCUGUUUUGUCUCUUGGAGUUGCUUGUUUUAAACACCUUCCUGACAAGACAGAGAACACAUAUCUUUCCCAGAUCUACAACUUAACCUUGCUAUGUAUGGAUGAUUAUAUAAUUGAACCACAGUCAGUCCAAUUCCUGGUGCAACAUGGCUUUGACUUCAACAAGCAGUAUUCUCAGGGCAUUCCCUAUCAUAGGGGAAAUGAUAAGGGAAAUGAAAAUCGGAGUCAGACAAUUCGUACUUUUUUCCUGGAAAUAAUUCGAGCAAGAAAACCUAUCAUUCUGCACAAUGGCCUAAUUGAUUUAGUUUUCCUCUACCAGUGCUUCUAUGCCCACUUACCUGACAAUCUGGGCACUUUCACUGCUGACCUUUCAGAGAUGUUCCCAGCUGGCAUCUAUGACACAAAAUAUGCCUCAGAAUUUGAGGCACGCUUUGUAGCUUCUUACCUAGAGUAUGCCUAUAAGAAGUGCAAACGAGAAAACUUCAGAUUGAAAGACUGCAAGAAACCAUAUCUCAGUAUAGAAUUCUGCAGCUAUCCUGCCAGCAUAGAUGCCUAUGUUGAAUACCGGUUUUGCUCUCUGGCUGAUGUCAGCCAGGCUCAAACUGACAUUGCUAACAAAAUUGUCAUCUGCCAGCCAUUUUCGGCUUAUGGCUGGUGCCCAGAUGGGUUGAACUGUACACAAUCUCACAAUAUCGAUCUAAUAAUUAACGAGGAUGAGAAUCAGAAAGAGGAGAAGCGGAAGACAAGAAAACAAAAAUGGAAACGGCGGAAGAACUUAGCAGAGUCAACAAAAAUUGAACUGAAUGAUGUGAAGUUGGCUUGGGAUAAGGAAAAAGGUUCCCCUUCCAAACAGUCGUGCCCUAGUAACUUGAUUGCUCCUAUUGUAGAUAGUGCAGAUGCAGAAAGAGUGUCUGGUAAUGGGGAGACUUCAAUGGAUGUGGAACAAGAACUAGUUUCCAACAAUGCUGCCAGUACUACAGACAAUGAGAGUAUAAUUUCUUCACGUCAAUAUUUCCAGCAGGAAAAGGCAAUAGGAAGCGAAGGCCCAGAGCCAAAAGCCCAGUUACAGAAUGAUUCUGCAGUGACCUCUUUACCUGUCACACAUAACGUAGCACCAUCUAAUUGUUCACAAGGGAGUAUUCACCGGGCUGGCUUUGAUGCCUUCAUGACAGGCUACAUAAUAGCAUACAUCCAAAUGCUCAAUAAACAGAGCGACUCAAAUGACGGGCCUUGGUUACCAGAGUGCCACAACAAAUUGUACCUUAGUGGAAAGUCUGUGCCUCUCCAGAUUGUGAAAAGUUUGUUUUCUAAAUCUUCCAAAGCCCACACCAAAAGAUGAAAUGUUAUGGGACAGUAGUUAGAAGUAAUACCAUACAGCUCAGGAUCACAGAUAAAUGCUAUUGCUAUAAACUGUUUUUCUUGAAGCCGCAAUACUCAAAUCAGAGCUGCUAGAGAGACAUUAAAAAGACGUAAUAUAAUAUGUGCAGCAGCCUGAAUGGAUUAUGGAUUAUUUUUAAAUGUUUGUAAAAUUAUGUAUUAAAUUUUCCCAUUGGGGAUAGAACCUUUACACUGUAGAUGAAGCAUUUUUUUUCAAAUGCUUAAGACAGCACUUCUUUUACAAGGCUUUGUUUGUGUGUUCAUGCUCACACAAUGCCUCUUGGGGAAUGGCAAUGCAUUUAUGAGAAGACAGCUGGUUUCAAGCAGCCUUGAAAAUUUCCCCCCAAAAUAAUGUCUUAAUCAUUCAGAGUAAUGCUUUAUUUUUAACCAAGGGAACUACGGAAAAGCUUUUUUACAUGGAUUAGCUUGCACCAUCAUCCUAAUGUUCAUAAAGUCAGGUACUUGGCUCUAUUCAUUGCUCUUUAACGUCUAUGUCUUCAGCAGAUGUUGUAAAAUCAUUACAGCUCUCCACGCAAUCUAGAUCCCUGCUUUAUUGGGCUUUCUGAUUUAUAGACUAGCACUUGUUUUUAAGCAAAUGCCUAAAACAGCAUUAGCUGCUUUUCAGAUAUGCCAGCUUGUAGAAUCUGCCCAGAAUAGGUAAGAAGAGCAUUAUCCACCUUUUAAAACCCUUUUUGCAUUAAGAUGCAUUACCCACCUUUUAAAACCUUGUGAAUACUUGGGAACAGUUAUUAUUUCAGUUCUUGCUUAACUCAUUCUUUAUUACAUUUGAAGAUUUAAGCCCCAAACUCUUACCAAAAAUAUUUUCAUGUUUUACAAAUGGCUAGUAAAUCACCAUUAUAAGGAAUCAUUUGGCUUUUAGACUACACAGGAGACAAGCUUGUCUUUUACUAAUAGUAGAAUGUGGACCUAAACGAUGCAUUAAAAUACUUUCCCACACGUAUUUGAAAAUUUGCACUGAAAGCUCCCCACCAACACUUAAUUGAAUUGUAUUCUUUACUGACAAGAAUGAGAUAGUUUUCUUUUCAACAUAUCUGAGUUUGUCUAAAAUCUAUGGAAUGCAUACCUGAAAUCUCUAAUCAAACUUUCUGAAUUUUGUGGGACUUUUGUUUUGGACAAUGAGAAUGCAAAUGUUGGGUACCAAAUAUAAAUUCAUCUAUAUUUAUAGCAGCCCAAAAGGGAGAUUGUAGCCAUCUAAAUCCAAUACAAGUUCUCAAGGCUUCAGAAAGCUACCUGAAUCUGGCCUACCAUAACAUAACAUAACUGAUUUUUCUUGUAUUACAGUUUGUGAUUAGCAAACAGCUUGUUGUCUCUCCUCUUUCAGGAUAUCCUUUUCAAAUCAUGCCCUCUAGAUUGUCCUUAAAUGUGAUUUAUAUUGUACUGCUUGUUUAGUUAUUUUAAAUCCUUAAGAUGGGGUAACAAAAAGUUAAGGAAAAGGAAUUAAAGCCAAAUUGUUUGACCACACCACCACCCCCAGUUCUAUUGCAGUCUUAUUUUCCUAAUGCAAAUUAAGCUAAACUGUUUGGAAAAAAACAUCUGGGGGCCAUAGGCCCCCCGUCCCAUUCUAGUAUAAUAAUUAAAGGGAUAUCUUGUUAUUCUCUGCCAUUAUCAAUAUUUUGUUGAAAUAAAAUAUUGGAUUUUUCCCUUAUUAAAUAAUGUUUAGUUUUUGUAUCAAAGUAUUUGACAGACUGGAGGAUUUUUAUCUGUUAAUUUAUUGUUGCAAGUCUUUUUGCAAUACAGAUCAUCAAAGUUGUAUUCUAGUUACACACAACAAACAGUAAUGAGAUCUCUUGGAAGCUAAAAAAUGAUUUUUUUUUAUUAGACUUAUCUAUUCCAGAUAUAUUGGUUGGAAAGCAUUAAUUGAUAACAACUUUAGUGGGGUCAAUAAUGUUCAACUUUUUAAAAAUUGAUGCUGGGGAGAGCAAUGAAGUAGCUAAAGCUUGUCAUUAAUAUCAAGUUAGGGAAAAGAAAGCUGAAGCUAACUGGAUAGCUCUAGCCAGAUGUUAUUGGCAUGUGGGAAUGGACAGCAAAAUGACAAAAAUUGAAAUCAAUAUAAAGUGAAUGCAGCAAUCGUACCCACAUUUUAUAUAAAUAUUAAUACAUAUUUUAUUCUAGGAAAAACUUAAAAGGAAUUGAAUGAAACGAUAAUUUUGUAUUCAUCUGUAUUGCAAACAUAUUUCAUAUUUGAAGGAUAACUGUUAAUGUGAAAUCGAAAGAUAAGAAAACGCAACACAAACAAUCAACAACUGUUUUUGGUAUAAGGAAAUGAAAGCAUUUAGAUCUUUCACUUUUUUUUCCUUUAAGGAGGUAUAGAAAUGGGGUUGGUAGGUUAAAAGUAGUGAGUAGAUUUAUUGUACACUGCCAGAGUCCCUCUGUGAAGGAGCUUGGCAGUUAAGUAUGACAAAUAACUUAAAGAGUAGGGAGAAAUUUUUGCUCAAAAUAGAACCUGAAUCAUUUAGUGAAGUUGACUGGUAAUUCUGUCCUUGGCAAAUGCAAUUACGGUAAUUUGAAAACUUCAAGAUGGAUAGAUAACGUGGAAAGUAGAAAUAAGCAAAUUAAUAGAGCAUUGAUCUGUAUUGUAAAGGAAUUCACAAUGCAAUACCUCAACAGGACAAUUGUCCACUGUUUUGUUACUUGUUUAUAUGAAAGCAUUUAACUUACCAACAUGACAUUGGCUUCAGUUACUAGUUUUUUAAUAUAAGGUAACUGCAGCUUACACACUAUGAAAUAUGAUGUGUCUUGUCUGGAAACAAAUGUUCAGAUAAUCUACCACCAUCAUUAAUUGCUGGGUGAAUACAAAAUGGAAAUCUGAAACAAGGGAAACACAAUAAGGAAUUAUUUCUGGAGAGAGACAAGCUCUUCUGGAAUCUACUUUAACAGAAAAAAACGAUAUCACUUUUACAAAAUACUGGAAUGUGUGAAUAUUAAGUCAGAAUGAAUGUUUCCCAUUUAUAUUGCUCCUUUGCGUCAUCAAUUUUGUUUUCUCUACACAUAUCUCAUUUUCUUCUGACAGUGAACUGGGGAAUGGUUUACAAAAACUGACAAAGAAAACUUGCAGAUAUUUUAAACUACAUUUAUCUUUGGUUCCUUUUUUCAGUCCAGUGAAACAUACGUUUAUGCAAUUCUAGGGUGGAGGGAAAUCAGACAUGAAUCAACACAUACAAAUCAAGAUUUGUUUUCUUAAACAUUCAUAAAUAUCUGAAGUAUUAGAAAAAUGCUUUUUCAAAAAUCCUUUUCCUGGCAGUGUUAAAUUAUAUACACAUGCUAUCAAUUUUUUCCUAGCUUUAAUGACAAAAUUUAGCUAUUUACAGACAGCAAAUAUUAAGACAUAAAAUUCCUUCAUAAAUAUGAAAAUAGAUCUUAUAAAGAUCUAUAAACCUUAAAUCAAAUAUUUGGCUACCUCAAAGGUAUUUUUGCAUAGAACUGUAGUGACAUGCAGUAUAAACAACAGCAUUAAGUGCAAAGAGGAAUUAUUCAAGUGUCUAGUUAAACUGGCAAGAAAUACCAGUGUUCUUGGACAAGAUGCAGCAACCAAGAAUCCAUCGUACACUUUUUUUCUAGUCAGAAUAUCAAUUUGUUACAUACAUGUAUUCACAGUCUUUCUCAUUUGGCCACAUGAAUAUCCUCUAAUAUGCUUAUAAAUGUAAUUUAGACAAAAUUAAUUAAAAAUAAACUGAGGAUCUUAGAAGUGUUUCAGGUGGCUUAUCAAAAGCAAUAGGCAUCUUUGUUAGCAAAUCAAAUAUGCUGAAAAGCAAAACUGAUCUAGUAUCAUUGUGUUUGUAUAAAUUAUGCAUCAUUUGGCCACAUUCUGUAUAGAAUAUAGAUGAUGGCCCAUAGCGCUCUGCAAUGCUGGCCUUCCAUAGGAAUGUGAUAAUAACAGUGUUUACAUAUUAUAGAAAAGGACAGGUUACCUUUAUGUUUAACCAUCCAAUAGCUGUAGUUAUUGUUUCUCAAGCUCCGAUGAAGCCAACUUUUAUCAAAUUGCAGUUUAGAAAGACUUGCUUUUUGCAUCAAGGACUAGGUUAUCAUUAACACUC